AUGGCCGCCGAGUCCCAAUCGAUCCUGCUUCUUACAUUUAGCCGGCAUCCAGAAGAACUCUUUCGAGGGAUCAUGGAAGCAGCGGAGCUGGCACCCUAUCGUGAUGCUCUGGCAGUGCGGGGAUUCUCCGUGGUGCUCGAUUGCGGCGCCAAGGUGCUAGUGCAGGCCGUACACUACCAGCCUUUGAUGGAACACAUACGCAUGACUGGAUGUCGCUUCACAUGCAGGCAUGUGUUCCUGGACCCCUCGCUGGAGGAUGUAGUUUCGUCAUUGGUGGCGAGCCUCCCCAAGAGGUUGAAGGUCAAAGCGCUAAGCUCCGAUACAGUGCCCCUGAGCUUUGCGACAACAUGCGCUGAGAUGCCAGGUGCCGUGUCGAUCCACAAGACCUUCAUUGACGUUCAAGUGCCGAGCUCCCUCCUCUCAAGUGGUGAAAGUGGAGCUGUUACUGCAUCUACCACAGAGGCCGAUUUGAGGAAAGGGCGCAACCCGCGGAUAACCAGCCGAUCAGCCUGCGCAGCAAAGCAUCAUCAGCACGUGCGUAGGCUGCAGGAGAAGGCGGAUGCGGAUGUGGUCGCCACGGCCAUCCUCGAUGCCGUCCUUUGCUGUGGCCGUUUUGGCCUUGACCCCAGCUUCCGCAUGCAGCGGAAGGAGCCAGUCACGACCCCGAUGUUGUCUGAGUACUGGUCCAGGCCGGACAGCCUGGCCUUCACCAUCGGUCUUGGUGCAGCUCUCCUUCGGGACCAAAUCGCUUGCCAGCUGGUUGCCUUUGAUGGAACGUUUCGCCUCCACCUGUUGGGGUGCAGGUGGCACGUGGAAGGAACAAUGGACUUUCAGAAGCUCCUGAAGCUCAUGAUCCACGUUUUGUCGGGCAUUUGCCGAAUUACCUGUCUCAAGGUAGGUUUGCUGGGGCCUGAGAUGCUGGGCAGAGACCACAUUGCCGAGGCCAGUUUCCGUAAGGCCAUGGAGAUGAGUGGAUCGCAGCUGAAGAUCCAGGUCAGCACCCGCCGGUACCAUGACUCGCCCCCACCCGCGGCCAAUCUGGCCUUGGUCCUGAACGGAGGAAUAGACAGCAGCUUCGGAGCAUGGGCCCCCACCCUGCAGUUGCUCCUUGAGCAUCGGACUCCUACGGCGUUCACAGGCUACGCGCCCUACGACAAACUAGGCUGCGAACGAGUCCUUCGCCUCAUGAAGAGUGCCGUCCAGGUGCCCACGCUGAGCAACCCAUUUCGGUUCAAUAUGGGGACCCUUGCGUCUGAUGCAUUCGUGGUGUGUACCUGUGGUGUAGAAGAUGGCCAGCCUGUACCAUCAAGCAGCGAGCUGGAAGAGGUGCACAGGCUCGAGCGAAUUGAGAAGCUCAAGGAUCUUGAGCGACUGAACGCAGAAGAUGGCAACAGUGAUGCUGUCCAGAACCUGAAGUCACUGCGCCUUGAUUUGGAACGUGGUCUGGAACUCAUCCCGCCCGAUGUUACGCAUUCCGACAUUGAACGGUGGGCCCUUGGCCAGUCCGAAGCGAGGUGGUAG